UUGGCACAACGCUCUUACCCACUAAGCCACCUGCCGCCCCCUAGCUAGGUAGCUAACGUUGUGCCCUGCGUUCGUGUCAACGGGGCCAAGCGAGAGGAUGAUGAUCCAACUACGCUAGCUAGAAACCGUCUAGAUGGAUCCAAACAAGUUGAUGUGCUAAGAGGAUGUUGUUUAUCCAGUGAUGGGUGUCUGACUGAAUUUUUCAACGAUAAACUUUUGACCAGAGUCUAGAAGAUGACUCAACGUCUGGUGAUGCCAGCGAUGGAGGUGAUCUCUUACGACAUAGCUUCUGGCACUGAAUUUGGCACUAUAUUAUUGACGUCAAAUCAUAUUUCUGCCAGUGAGAUGUUUGACGUUGUUUAAACGUUUCUAAAAGUGCCUCUUCGUAGCCUACAUUUCAGCUAGAUAGAAAACAUAGCUAAGCUAGCUUGGUUGUUCUGGCCAAGUCUGAGCUAACGCGUUAGUAAUUCGCAUUCACUUCAAUAUCGACUGCUUAUCAGACGCAAUUACAGAGGGAAGUGCUCAACUACUGAAAACAGAAAAUUACAUCGACGUCCCAGCUUUGUUGUGAUUUAUUGUGGGACUGUCACCUUGCUUAUGUUACGUUAGCUACCGUUGGCUAACUAUUAGGUAACUAUUAGCUAGCUAACCUCUGACUACAGUGACGUUACUAGCUAAUGUUAUGUAUGUCUGGCCAUAACAAGCAGCUAGCAUUAGUAGCUACACAGCUAGUCCCCCGUUACUGGCUUCGUGUUGGUCACAAAAUGCAUCAACAGGACUUUUCCGGAGAUUCUACUGGGUCUAGGAAGAUGUCUUUCCACAAUAGAAGAGGCAGUAACACCACCGGUAGUGGUGGAGUAUCUGGGUCUGCUGCGGGUAGCAGUAAUGUAAUUCCCACUGAUGAUUAUCAGUCAACUAGCCAGGCUGGGUCCUCCUGCCCUGGGCCACACCACCACCCCCAGAGCCUUAACCUCUCCCAGCCCGGGGCUCAGGUGAAAAAGAAGAGUGGCUUCCAGAUAACUAGCGUGACCCUGGCCCAGGUCUCUGUUAGCACCAACAACAGCAUAGCGGACGACACAGAGAGUUAUGAUGACAUGGAUGAGUCCCACACAGAAGACCUUUCCUCCUCUGAAAUGCUGGACGUGUCCGUAUCUCGGGACACCGGCGUCCCGGAGAGAAGCUCCUCGGAUGAGACCCUGAACAGCCCCCAUGGGGUGGAGACCCCAGGCGCAGCGUCCCCUAACCAACCCCUGAUCCCUCACUCCCUACCCCAGGGCCCUCCUAGCGAACCCCUGCAGCCUCGGGGUCCUCCGCAGCCUGGCAACAUGGUGAACGGGACUGUGCAUAAUCUGCAAGAGAAUGUGGUGGCAGCAGCCUUUACUGUCUCAGUGGCAGGGGGGAGUUCCUCUGGAAUGGCUGGGCCCAACCAGACCCAGAUGGGGCAGGGUAUGGUGGAGAAUACCACCACUCAGUUCUCUGGUACCAUCACUGCUGGGCCAGGCAUGGAUGUGUCAUCCAUAGACGGUGGUAGUGGUGUCCCUCCCUCUGCGGACCCUAUAAGCUUUGACAGUAGUGGAGGCCGUCAAGGGACAUCCAGUGGAGUAGGGUCUCUCCCUGGAGGCACAGGGCCCACCAAUAGCACCCAGAUUGGGAUGGCAGGAGUGGUGGCACAGGCUAUGACCUCCAGCACCCAGACACAGACCCAAGCCGCUCCGGGGUCUCGCUUCAGAGUGGUGAAGCUGGACUCUAACUCGGAGCCGUUCCGUAAGGGAAGAUGGAUGUGUACAGAGUACUAUGAGAAGGAGGUUCCCCCUGCCGCGCCGACUUCUGACCCAGCCCCUGCACCCAGCGCUGCCGGCCCAGAGAGCGAAGCAUGGAAUGGGAGUGUGGUGGCCAGUGUUGUCCAGUACGGAGGCCCAGAGAUGGAAGCAUGGAAUGGGAGUGUGGUGGCCAGUGUUGACCAGUACGGAGGCCCAGAGAUGGAAGCAGGGAAUGGGAGUGUGGUGGCCAGUGUUGUCCAGUACGGAGGCCCAGAGAUGGAAGCAGGGAAUGGGAGUGUGGUGGCCAGUGUUGUCCAGUACGGAGGCCCAGAGAUGGAAGCAGGGAAUGGGAGUGUGGUGGCCAGUGUUGUCCAGUACGGAGGCCCAGAGAUGGAAGCAGGGAAUGGGAGUGUGGUGGCCAGUGUUGUCCAGUACGGAGGCCCAGAGAUGGAAGCAGGGGCAUCCCAGACCCUGCAGCCAUACCAGCAGCACCAGGACUACACCAGCCCUCAGACUGUCCACAUGGUCCCUCAGGACCCUAACCCUCUCCUGCUGCAGCAGACCAGCAUGGUCCCCCCUGGUACUCUACCUGCAGCCCCCCAGGGUGCUGGGAGUCAAGCCAUGCCCCAGCAGGUGCCCUAUGCUAUGGACCAUGCCCAGACAGGCCAGCCCACGCAGCAGCUCCCAGCGGUGCUAGUGAGCCAGACAGGCAGCCGGCCUCCAGACUUCAUCCAGCCUACGGCUCCUCUCCAGUCCCAGGUCCUCCCCCCACACCCUGGCUCUCUUGGGGUGUCCAUGCCUGGCCCAGCCGCUGUCCCUCAACCCCUUCCGAGUCAGCUCCAGAAUCUCCCAGCCCAGCAGCUGCACCCUCACCCCCAGCACCCUUCCGCCCCUUUCGUGACCACACUCCGAGCCGACCUCCAGCCCCUCCUGACCCACGGGGUGCCCCUCAGCCACACCAGCCUGGCCCAAAGCGGGGCUCCGUACGGGGGCAGCAUCCCCAGCCUGACGGCAUCCCAGCUGGAGGAUGCCCAGAGGCUGCUGUUCCAACACCAGUCCCGGCUG